GGCCGAGCAGUCGGACAGGCUGCUGAGACGAACGCUUCACUGGGGCAGUCUCCGCAUAUCAUGGGGAGAUAGACGCUGCUGCCUGUGAGUCUUGGGCCCUGGCAGUUGAGGAAGAAGAGCGGGAAGAAGGAGUCAGGACCCAGACCCACAGUGGUGCUUGCUACUGCUGCUGUUGCUGCUAAGACACUUCAGUUGUGUCCGACUCUGUGCGACCCCAUAGAUGGCAGCCCACCAGGCUCCUCUGUCCCCGGGAUUCUCCAGGCAAGAAUACUGGAGUAGGUUGCCAUUUCCUUCUCCAAGUAGCUUUUGAAAAUGGCUGCCUCUCAUUUCACCGGGCUCACAGCCGUUGCUGAUGUAAUUAAAGAUCUAGACACUCAGAUAGCUUUGAUUGGCCUUGGUCCUCAUAGCUCCAAAAAGAAACAAGAUCUUGAUAAGCUCUAUGAGCUGAAGUCCAAAGCAAGACAGAUUAUGAACCAGUUUGGUCCCUCAGCCCUAAUCAACCUGUCCAAUUUCUCAUCAAUAAAACCGGAACCAGCUAGCACCCCUCCACAAGGCUCCAUGGCCAAUAGCACUGCAGUGGUAAAGAUCCCAGGCACUCCUGGGACAGGAGGGCGUCUCAGCCCUGAAAACAAUCAGGUAUUGACCAAGAAGAAGUUACAGGACUUAGUAAGAGAAGUGGAUCCUAAUGAGCAAUUGGAUGAAGAUGUGGAGGAGAUGCUGCUGCAGAUUGCUGAUGAUUUUAUUGAGAGUGUGGUGACAGCUGCCUGCCAGCUUGCUCGGCAUCGCAAGUCCAGCACCCUGGAGGUGAAAGAUGUCCAGUUGCAUCUAGAACGCCAGUGGAACAUGUGGAUCCCAGGGUUUGGCUCUGAAGAAAUCCGACCCUACAAAAAAGCUUGCACCACAGAAGCUCACAAACAGAGAAUGGCGUUGAUCCGGAAAACAACCAAGAAAUAACGCAUGGAAAGCUCAGGGGAUGGACAGCAAUGUAUUCGGAGAUACUUGAGCUGAGACCUCAGCCAUCUCAUCCUUGGAUUUUUUUUUUUAAUGCUUUACAGAGAAGCAUAUAUUUUUUAUUAACAGUGCAGCAAUAUCUAUAAUGACUGAGAGGAUCUGCCAAAAGAAUAAAGCCUCCUACCCCAACUUCCAGUCCUUGUUCCCUGCCAUCUCAAAGAAGAGCAGUGUAUCUUCCAGAGAAGAUUUUAUUUGUGGUUUAUUAUGUAAGUGAUUGAAUAGGGGACAAAGCAUUAUGGUCUUGUUUGGUGAGAGAGUAUUAAUAUUAGCAGGAUUUGUAGAGGUUUCUGUUCCCUUCUCCCUCUCCCUUCUCCCUGUACUUUGUAAUGUCAGUGUUUAUAUGAAUAUGACUUUCAUUUGCUUUUCCAGAAUAAAGAAGUUAUUAAUCGAAACAAACAGGGUACAUGGCUUACAGCCUUUGAAAUGCCAGAGAAGGAUAAGCAAGGCUAAAUGUAGGCCUUUAGUCAGCAGAUGGCAGCACUAUUAUUCAUUUCUAUGAUGGAGGAAAAAACCCAGGGAUUUUUCCAUUAUUUUACUCCAAGGAAGACCUUACCAUCAGCAGGACUUUCAGUCUAGUCUCUGCCAUAACAAUCAAGCAGGGUGACCUUUUCUUAUCAGCCCCAAACUGAAGAGGCAUCCUGAUUUGGGGAAAUUGUUUUUGAUCUGCUUUUCUGGAACUUCUGGAGUUCAUCCUUGAUGCUGAGAAAAGAUAGCAAUAGACUUGGGGGAAGGCCUUUCCGUGCAGGCUUCUGUCUGUUUGUAGUUGUGGAGAUCCUAGUAUUUUCACCAUCAUACAGAGGAAACCAGGUGCUUUGAGACCUCAGGGUCAUGACCUUCAGUGGCACCUAGCAUCAUCCUGUUCUGUGCCUGGCAGAGACCUUUGUGGAUCAUGAAGUUUCCAGGAGCUUCAGGGAGCGUGGCUGCCCACCCAGGGGCCACCAGCAUGGACACAUCCCCCUUGCCCUGCUUUGGGUCUCUGCCUUCUGAGACUUGGUCUGUGGUGGGACCCUGCUUUUCACUCCCUCCCACCUUGAGUUUGGCCCCAU